AUGUUAUGUUACUUUCGUGCACCGGACUCUGAGCCAACACUGGAGGUGGUAGUGACCAUCAGUAGACAAAUGAAGGGAAGUUGGUUAGAGGAGAGGUUCAACUUUGUGUAUGGAAUGGCGAGUGUGCUAGAUACCGAUGCCUCUCACAUUCCUCUCACCUGCCUCGCUCUUCGACCUCAUGUACUGGUUGGUGUGGUUACCGAGCCCUACCGUGAUAAUGCUACUACUACUACUACUACCACCACGCCAACUACUGCCUUUGUGUCGGCAAACCAGGUGAGGGGAUGGCCAUGUCGAGGUGAGGCCUCUGACGACCCCUGUUCUCGCCUGCCCACACCCUCCCCUUUCACCUCAUCAGGCCUUCCCUUAAUGACUCAGCGUGACAAAUUGGUCAACCUAGAUCUUGAGCGUCGCUUUAACUACCGCCUCCACGCAGUGAGCACACACCUUCGUCAUUGUCACAUCUUCACGUUAUCCUAG